CUAACCAGCAUGCUGUGAAGAUCUGCUGACUGCGAAUAGGGGCUACAAGUACUACAGGCAUCUCUGACCUCUUCUGUUAGGAAUUUAACUGAACAAAUAGGAUCAAGUGACUGAAACUCAUUUCUAGAGACUUUGUUCUAGAGGUGAUUGCUGAGAAAUCUGCAGAAGUAUGAACAACUGGGGUUAUGCAGACCAUAAUGGCCCAGAGGUGUGGCAUGAACUGUUUCCUCUCGCCAAUGGAGACCGUCAGUCACCUAUUGAUAUUAUAACACAGGAUGCAAAAUAUGACCCCAGUCUGAUGCCUCUCCAUUUUAAUUAUGAUCCACCUUCUGCAAAAGUUAUCAUCAACAGUGGACACACUUUCACGGUGGAGUUUAAUGAUGGAGAGGGGAAAUCAGUUUUGAGGGGUGGACCACUUCAAGGAACUUAUAGGCUUCGCCAGCUGCAUUUUCACUGGGGGCCUUGUGAUGACUAUGGAGCCGAACAUAAGGUGGAUGGAACAGACUAUGCAGCUGAGCUGCACUUUGUCCACUGGAACUCAGAAAAGUAUCCGAGUUUUGUCGAUGCGGCUUAUAAACCAGAUGGGCUGGGUGUUGUGGCAGUGUUUUUAAAGAUUGGUGAACACAACGCAAACCUGGAGAGAAUUACAGAUGCAUUUGAUGCCAUUAAUACUAAGGGCAAGCAGUCUUCCUUUACAAACUAUGACCCUUCAAGACUACUUCCUGACUGCAAGGAUUUCUGGACCUACCAAGGGUCACUUACUGUUCCACCACUGCUAGAGAGUGUUAUAUGGAUAAUUUUAAAGGAGCCCAUAACUAUCAGCUCCAGACAGCUCUCCAAGUUCCGCAGCCUGUUGAGCACCAGUAGUGGUGGAACUGAAUCAUGCUACAUUGAGAGAAAUCAUCGUCCGGUGCAGCCACUCCGAGGACGGAAAGUCAAAGCUUCUUUUUUGUAGAUGUCCUCUAUUUCUUACAUAUCUACUAAUGCAGAAAACAGCAAGCUGGGCACACUUACUGCAGGGCACCAGUAAACAUGCUGCCAGAUGUAGAAUAUAUGU